AUGGAUUCAGAUACCUUGCAAGCCUUCCAGAGUGAGCUCACAUGCUCCAUCUGCAUAAACUACUUCAUAGACCCUGUCACCAUCAACUGUGGUCACAGCUUUUGCAGGCCCUGCCUAUACCUCUGCUGGGAGGAAGCCCAAACGUCAAUGUGCUGCCCUGAGUGCAGGGAAAUAUCAGAGAAGCCAGACUUCAAAACCAAUAUUGCACUCAAGAGGCUGGCUUCACUUGCUAGACAAGCCAGGCCUUGUCACGUUGACAGCUCUAAGGACCAGAUCUGUGUGGCACACAAGGAGGCAAAGGGGCUCUUCUGUGAAGUGGACAGAAACCUGCUCUGUGGACCCUGCUCUGAAUCACUGGAGCACAGGGCUCACAGCCACAGUUCGAUAGAAUGUGCUGCGGAGGAAUACCGGGUGGAGAAAUUUCUAAAGAAAAUGGACACCUUACGGAAAAUGACUCAGGAAAUGCAAAACCAUCUAAAUCAGGAAACUAGUAAAAUCCAUUCAUUAGCGCACUAUGUGGCUUUACGGAAGGUGACGAUCAAAAUUCAAUGUCAGAAGAUACAUCUGUUUCUCCACGAGGAGGAGCAACUCCAUCUAGAGACAAUAGACAGAGACGCAGCGGAGACUUUCCAGCAACUCAGGAGCAGUGAAGUCAGGAUGACCCAACAGAAAGAACACCUAGAAGAAAUGCACAGAGAGCUGGCUGAGACGUGCCAGAAGCCUGCCGCGGAGCUGCUCCAGGUGAGGGGGAGGAUUUCAGCGAAGAGUACAUCAGUGCUGGUGCACACGCCCCAACCUUUGCAUCCAGAGAUCAGUGUGGGGCCUAUCACUGGACUGAUGGACGGGCUCAACCACUUCCAAGGAACUGCCGCUUCUGGGCAGCAGAAACUAGCUGGGCCUGAAGUUCCGCUCCAUCUGCCCUCUCUGGCUGAGCUGGCUCCAGGUGUGGGGUCUCUGAGCCUCUUAAGUCACUCCCAGAGGCAGGGACCAGACAGGGCCAGAAGUCCUGCUCUGCCUGCCUUCUCCAGCUUGGCUGGCUUGGGGUGUGGGAACCCAAAGUCUCUUAAGUCUCUCCCUACAGCAGGACUGGCCUGGGUUGGAAGUCCCACCCCACCUGCCUUCUCUGGCCUGGCAGGCACAGGGCACGUGGGCCCAGAAGCUUUAAAGUUUUUCUAUGCAUUGGGGAGCAAUCUGAACUGGGGUCCUGCGGUGCGUGGCUCCUGUCCACUCCAGCGCAGAUAUCAGGUACCCUGUCACUGCUCCUCAAUAGCUGCAAGUUGGUUACUCUGUGGGAGACAGCAACAUCAGGAACCGACUACUCUGCCAUCUUGA